GUGAGAACGCGGCUCCCGGACGCGCCCUUUCCGGGGUCAGGGGUCCCACUGUCUCGGUCUCCUGGCCACUUGGAGCCGCCCAGAAUGAAGACAUUCAAAUGUUGUUUUAAAUACCACCUAAAGCAGAAAGUUUUCAUCCUGUUUCUAACCCUAUGGCUGUUCUCCUUGUUGAAGCUUCUAAAUGUGAAACGCCUCCUCUUCCCUGAAAGAGGCAUUUACUUGGUUGAGUACUCCCUAAGUACCUCGCCUUUUGUAAAGAACAGAUACACCCAUGUUAAGAAUGAAAUCGGGUAUGAGAUUAACUGUUCAGGUGUCUAUGAACAGGAGCCUUUGGAAAUUGGCAAGAGUCUGGAAAUAAGAAGAAGAACCAUUAUCGACUUGGAUGAUGAUGAUGUCGUGGCAAUGACCAGUGAUUGUGACAUUUAUCAGGCCCUACGAAGCUACCAUGAAAAGCUUGUUUCAAGGGAGGAGAAAAGCUUCCCAAUAGCCUAUUCUUUGGUUGUUCACAAAGAUGCAAUUAUGGUUGAAAGGCUAAUCCAUGCUAUAUACAACCAGCACAAUAUUUAUUGCAUCCAUUAUGACCGUAAAUCAUCUGAUACCUUCAAAGUUGCCAUGAACAAUUUAGCUAAGUGCUUCUCCAAUAUUUUCAUUGCUUCUAAAUUAGAGAUUGUGCAAUAUGCACACAUUUCCAGACUCCAGGCUGAUUUAAAUUGCUUGUCAGACCUUCUCAAGUCUUCAGUUCAGUGGAAAUAUGUUAUCAACCUGUGUGGGCAGGAUUUUCCUUUGAAAUCAAACUUUGAAUUAGUGUCAGAGUUGAAGAAACUCAAUGGAUCAAAUAUGUUAGAGACAGUGAAACCUCCUAACACUAAGAUGGAAAGAUUCACUUAUCACCAUGAACUCAGACAGGUGUCUUAUGAAUAUGUGAAACUACCAGUGAGGACAAACAUCUCCAAGGAAGCCCCCCCUCAUAACAUCGAGAUAUUUGUUGGCAGUGCUUAUUUUGUUUUAAGUCGAGCAUUUGUUAAAUACGUUCUCAACAACUCCCUCGUUAAAGACUUUUUUGCCUGGUCUAAAGAUACAUACUCGCCUGAUGAGCACUUCUGGGCUACCUUAAUUCGGGUACCAGGAAUCCCCGGGGAGAUUUCUAGGACAGCCCAGGAUGUGUCUGACCUACAGAGUAAGACCCGCCUGGUCAAAUGGAAUUAUCUAGAAGGCCUUUUCUAUCCCAGUUGUACUGGCUCUCACCUCCGAAGUGUGUGUAUCUAUGGAACAGCAGAACUAAGGUGGCUUAUGAAAGAUGGACAUUGGUUUGCUAAUAAAUUUGAUUCUAAGGUGGACCCUGUCUUGAUUAAAUGCUUGGCGGAAAAGCUUGAAGAACAGCAGAGAGAGUGGAUCACUUUAUCUUCAGAAAAGGUAUUUAUGGCUAAAACAGCCACAACCACAUUAUGAUAAAGUCCUGAUGGAAAUAAGGUUAAUAUGGAAUUGCAUGCUAUACCAUGGCCAGUACCGUUUGCGUUUAACCUUCUCAUAGUCCGAAAGGUGUCUACAAUUCCACACACAAGGGAAAGUGACCUGGCCUUUAGUGACAAUUAGUCUGUGGUUGGUUGGGUGUUUUUAUGUAUGUUUUUGCUUGUAAUCUCACUGAGCUAAAUGGGAGAUUUUCAACAGUCAGUAAUCUGAUAUCUAUUGAGUUCCUGCUAUAUGCCAGGCACUUGUUUAGAAACAUGUAGGAAUUGCAUCCAAGUUGUGAUGAGUUAUACAGUGCCCUCAAAGAGCUGUGGCUUACCCCGAUCACACAGCAACCUUAAUAUCUUAAGAUGUCCACAUAACAGUCAAGGUCCCGCUGAAGAAGUAGUGGAGUAUGCGGUAAUUAUAUAACCAUAAUAACCACCAGUUUCAGAGCAGUGUUGACGUACAGUGACCAACAUUCCACUUGCCUCUUAAUUCAGCUCCCUAGACUUUUCUUAACCAUUAGAAUAUUAGAAGGAGAGACUCUACUACCUCAGAAGAACUAAGAGAAUUGUCCAAUUUCCUGCUUGCCAAAAGCAUAACUUACCCUAUGGUACCUCGCUUAUUCAAUUCAGGGUUGGGUGACUCUGCUGGGGGGGCAUUUCUAGUGUAUGGAUGUUAGGGAGGUGGUGAAGUUAAGUCGGAGGAUUGGGAUGGGUGGUGCCUGAGGAGGAACAAAGGGAUUUGUGUGACUUUUCCAUCAUGUUACGCAAUGGUGUCAUGAAUGACCUCCUUUGUAAUUCAACUGUUUCUUUAAUACAGUUACUGAUUAAAGUUAAAAACUGAUUAACAGUUCAAAGUGUCACUCUCCAGAGCAUUGAACCUAAGUCUUUCUGUUCAUAGAUUAUCAUUAUAUGUAAGUUUUUCUUUUACCAUGGAAUAGUAUAAUUUUGUUUUGUGGAACUGUCAAGCUAAGAAUCACUAAACUUUCUUGAAAAGGUUGUGUGAAAUAUGACAGCUUACUAAAUUAACUAUUAGUCAUUAAAAAAAUGUUCUUACUUCUCCAGCAACUGUCAAGUGGAGUCCACACGUAAACUUAUAAAAGCUCUAAGUUCAUUGCAGUCUUCUCAGCUUCAAUCCAAGAGAGAAAAAGCUAAUUUUCCUAAGGACAUAGCAAGAAUAUUCACUAAUGAUAUUUUAUGAAACCUACACCUUAGAAAACUACCAAAAUCAGUCAAAAUAUACAUAUAUUUUCAUGUAACUAUUGUGCUGGAGGUGAAAUGGGACAGGAGUGGGGUCCUCAGAACAGGCUAUAAUAUUUUUAUGUCUCCUGGGAAAUAAUGGAACUCAUGUAAGAAAUUCUCCAUGAUCUUAUGUUUCAAUGUCAGCCUCAAUAACUACAUAAAGAUGUAGUAAUCAAGACCAGUAUGAGGCUGUUGGAAGACAAGUAUUUACAUGUUUUUAAAUGUCUGUGUUCUACAUGUGAAAUGCCUUUUUCUUGUUUUAAAGUUUAAGAUACGAUCUGCCAAGUGGCACCAUCUCUCUCUCCCUUUCUUUAUCUCCUGAACUUGCUUGUUUUCCCUUUUUUUGCCCUACCCCUUUCAAAUUACCAGUUUGUCCAUGUGUGUGACCGUGACAAUCUAAUCACUAUGAUCUCCAUGAGCCUCAGUUUUCUUGGUCUAUAAAGUGAACAGUUGGAUGUGUCCUUGGCUUCCUCACACAUUUCUGUGUGAGAAUCAAUUGAAAUAAUAUAUAAAGUGGUUUGAAAAUGAGAACAAACUAUUGAAAUAUCAGCAAGCCUUCGAAAUACAAAAAGAAGCCACAAUUGCAGGGGCAACUUUUGUAACAGAAUCCAGGUACUAAGAAACCCCUGUCACCACAUCUGGGGCUCCUUUUAAACGAAUAGGAUUAGCAAAUUGGUCCAGUGGCUUAGAUCAGGAGUAGGGGUAGAAAUACUUUUCCUACUAUCCAGGCUUAAAUACACAAAGCCCUGUUGAAAUCUUGUUUUCUAUGCCUUUGGUCGUCAGAAUAAAUGAAAAUGAUGAAAAAUAAAUAUCGACCUCCUGGUCUGGUGUCUUGCCUCCUGGUGAGAAAUGAUUCUAUCCCGUUUAUUGGGAAAUUUUCCAGUGGUUAAUCACUUUAAUGCCGUAUUCAAAUGAAACAUGGCACCAAGAAGAGGUGGCAGUGCCUUCUCCACAUGGACAUAUUUCUCAGGAUUCAAUUCCUGACGUUCCAGGGAGCUUGUCAGAUCAUUCUCUCUUGUUUUGGAGAUCCUGCAGAUUCCCUGCAUGCCUUCAAACCUCCAUCAAACCUGAUUCUUCCCUAAAACAUUUUGGUAUGAUUCUCUCUAGUCUGGAGAAUGUUCUGCAAUCUGUGUUUUAUAAUUAUUCUUUGCAUAGUAUUUAUUGAAUCUAGAUUAUUAUUUGGCAAUGAGACCAGGACCUUGGAGUUUGUAAAUUAUAUUAGAUAAUAUUAAUAGUGAAAGAGCUACCCAAAUAUAUCUACAUUAUGUGAAUAAUCUACUGUAAUAAUAUUUAAAGACCAGUGUUGCUGCUAUUUUUAAUGUUUUGGUUAUUUUAAGUGAAAUAAAUGUAAUGUUUUAAACUUAGGGAAUUAAAUUUGAAGAUUUUUCUUGCCUUCCAGAAUGUGAAUAUUAUACAUAAAUACAUAUAUAUUGACAUAUUGCAGAGAAAACAAAAUGACAAUCUUUUUUGACAAUGUAAAGUGAAUGUACUCCAUGUAUGUUAUAACUUGUUGUUGAUGACGGAAUGAGUUUUGAUUUUUGUUAACAUUUUUAUCAACUGGUCUCUAAAUCUCCUAACUUUUUGUUUGUUUGUUUUUUGGUUGUUUGUUUGUUUGAAAGACGUAUUUCUCAUUGUAUGAGUUUUAAGUAGAUUGGUGUUACAUUUUUGUAUUAUGCUGCUACUAGAUGUUAAUUCUCCAGUACUAUCAAAUAAAAUGUGCUCCCAAAACCAAGGCCCUGGAAUCUUUGAUGUUUCCUUUUUCAGGUUGUGCUUGUUCCCCACAAAGAUUCUUUCAGUUGAUGACACUUGCCCAAUAUUUGAAGAGCACAGUUAAUUUCACAUCAGAGUAAAAAAAUUCAGUGUGUGCACUAUACACAGAACAUAGGCACACAAACUUGAAUUUAAUUUGGCAAAAUCUCAAAGAAUGUUUCAGAAUUUCUCUGUUUUCAUUCUCCUUCAGGUUGGUUUCUCCUCUAAGAUUAACUAUCUAGAUAAAUAUUCUUGUUUCCUUGAUUACUUUAUGGAAGUUUAUUCUCAAUAGAGUAGGUUGAGCUCUUUAUCUCACAUCCCUCAAUCCCUGGAAAAUCAACUCUUUCUCUCUGCACCAGCAUGCCUGCCUUGGCUGUACGCCCCUUGAACAUGAGGACCCUGGCUCCGCCAGUAUCCUCAGGCUCGGGUGGUGAGUGAUUCUGGAUGAGUUUCCCUGUGUCCUGAAUAACACCAUCUUUUCCAGCUCUACUGAGCUGCGGAGCAUUUGUCAUCACUGAUCCCCGCGCUCCCACCCCUGUUCUGAAAAUCCCCCUGGUGAGUUAGUUUUCCUCUAUCGCACUUUUCUAAAGCUGUAACAGUCCCCAGCCUCCCUAGCUGACAAGGAAUAUGCAUGGUCACCCUCAUAAAUCACAAUCCAUCUCAAGGAGUAGGGCCGUUUUAGGAAACUUCAAGAUAAGAAAAAUUAACAUCUACUUUAACCUAAGGUUAAUUCUAGGUCUUGCCAAACUGGACAACUAUGUAAUCCCAUGAAAGAAUUUGGACUGCUUUUGGUAGUGGCAGUGGUAGGAUGGGUAGGUAUACAGCAUCAUAUUGAAGACCCAUAGGCUUGAUUCCCAGAUUAGCAAUUCCAUAUAUUUUAAAUUCCCUUUGGUGCCUACAAAUCUGCCUCUAAACUAGGACAACUGGCUUCUAGUUUCAUGAAAACGAUUACGAAGAAACCUUGGCAAGGGAAAGUAGAUGAUUGCAAAUUUAUUCCUACUACUUGGAAAAAAAUUUCUAUGAUGAUGCAUAAUAAACAGCUUGAGCUGUGCUUCGGAGACAGAUGAUCAGCGUGUCAACCCACGAAGAUGUAUAAAAGCCACAGGAAGACUAUUCACCUGACCUCAGGUACGGCCUUCACGUAGAGUAGCACUGUCCUUCCUGGGAGCAUCGUGGACAAAAUCAUGCAGAG